AUGUCGGAGAGAGUAAGGAAAAGGAGAUCAGAACCGCCGGAUGAGCGCCUGCAGCUCUUGCGCAAAUCUGCCCAUAGCAAAGAUCAUGAGAGAAGCCAGGAGCAGAGCUCUGAUCCAUAUACUGCAACAGAAAGCACAAGGACGAUCAAUGCAACAUGUGUGAGCGAAGAGGCUACUUCCAGCCAGAAUUUGACUCAGACGAAUCUAAUGGAGUGCUCGAGUGAGCGCCGCAUCACUACAUCGCUUUGUUCUGAUGAAAACAAGGAAAUCCGACAUGGUCCAAUUUCAAAUAUGCUGGGUGCAGAUGAAGAGGGUGAUGCUUCAGGAGCUUCAACUCCCCAAGUCGUGAACAUGCCUCUAGGAAAGUCAAGUGAGGUCACCCGCGGCUCUCGAACCCCAUUACACGAUAUGGGAGUGUGCUGGAAUGAUACCAACAACGAAAACUGCAACUUUCCGAUCAUUCAAAAUUUGGAACCUAAUGUGUAUGAACGUGAGCUUGCAGCCACUCUAGGCGAAGACGAAAGCGAGGGAUAUAUAUCGGGGAGACUUCUACCCAAUGACACCAUCAUUUCACAACAAGCUGAAAAUCAGGUACGAUAA